CCGCUGUUUGGUCGGACUCCACCGGGGCACUGCUACAUGGGGCGCGCGGUCUCGCACGGAAAAUGGUCCGCCCGCGGUCUCUAGGCGGCCCGCUGAACCUGCCGGGAACGGAGUUGUCGGUGCGAGUGCGCGUCUCUUCCCCAGCUCGCCCGUGCCGUCGGGGGCAGUGAGACAUGGCGCGCGCACCGCUCCAGGAGCCCCGGCGGCCGCGCCAGCGGGGCGGGCCGGCGGGAGGCUGGCUCCGGAUCACCCUCGUCUCCUUCCUCGCCGCGUUACCUGUGGAGCAGCUGCGCGCCUUCCCGUCGUCCCUCAGCGACUGUCAGACGCCCACCGGCUGGAACUGCUCCGGUUUCGAUGACCGGGACACAGACCUGUUCCUGUGCGACACCAACACGUGCAAGUUCGACGGGGAAUGUCUACGAAUCGGGGCGAUGGUGACGUGCAUUUGCGACUUCAAGUGCAACAACGACUAUGCCCCGGUGUGCGGCUCCAACAAUCAGAACUACCAGAACGAGUGCUUCCUGCGCAGGGACGCCUGCAAGCAGCAGUCUGAAGUGCUCAUUAUGUCAGAAGGCGCCUGUCCUGCUGACGCAGGCUCAGGAUCAGGAGACGAUGGAGGAGAGGGCUCGGCCGAGGCGGGGCAGAAGGAAACGUCCACCUGCGACAUCUGCCAGUUCGGGGCCGAAUGCGACGUGGACGCCGAGGACGUCUGGUGUGUUUGCAACAUCGACUGCUCCCACAUCAGCUUCAACCCGGUGUGCGCCUCGGACGGCCGUUCCUAUGACAACCCCUGCCAGGUGAAGGAGGCGUCCUGUCAGAAGCAGGAACGCAUCGAGGUCAAGUACCUGGGCCACUGCCAAGGCGACAUCAACAUCGACGCGCGGACCGACAACACAGUUAAGGAAAAAGAGGACCCGAGGAACGAGCUGGCCCGCGGCCUCUACAUCCCGUGUCCGGAUCACUACAAGAACUACUGCGUCCACGGCGAGUGUCAGUUCCCAAGUAUCCCGGCCCAGCCCUCCUGCAGCUGUCACUCGGGUUUCAGAGGCCCCCAGUGUGACAUCAAAGAGUACAACGUGCUCUACGUGGUGCCAGGCUCCGGCAAGCUGCACUACGUCCUCAUCGCCUCCAUCAUUGGAGCACUGCAGGUGGUCAUCAUCUGCGUGGUGGUGCUCUGCAUUACAAGGAAGUGUCCGCGGACCAACAGGAUCAACCGGCAGAAGCAGAACAAUGUCCACUUCAGUACGGAGAACACCAUGCGCGCCUCCACGCGGCUCAUCUGAGCCCCACGCCGUGCCUGUGGCGUUAGAUGUCCCCCCCCUCCACCUACCACCCUCCCUCCCUCCUUGUAGGCCCCCCCUUCCCCCAAAAAAUAGGAUCUGCCCCCCUCACUCCUCCUCGCCCCCAUGUAUGAACUUCAGGAGGAUGACGCUGAAGCAAAGAGCUGGCGCACAAGUCGCUCACGCGUGGGGGGGUUGUUGACAUCGGUCCUCCACCGGAGUGUCCCCCC